AAAAACGAAAACACAAAAAUCAACCAUCAAUCAUCAGCAACUGGGGAAAAAAAAAAAAAAAAAAAAAAAGAACAUUUCAAAAUUCAAACAAGUCUCUCAUUCCUUCUUGUUCAUCUUCCUCGAUCCAAUAAAAAACGACAGCGUAAAAGCGUAGCCAUGUCAUGGCUUGCUCGUUCCAUUUCCAACACUCUCCGUCUCGACGAAGAAGAAGAAGAAGAAUUCAAACACAAUUCCCCAAACGACGUCGUAGCGCGUGUUGACGAAGAAGAUACAUCCAUCUACGAGGAAAUCGAUUUAGAAGAACGAUCCAAUAAUAACGAUAUUGACAAUGAUAAUCGCGGCGGCGUGAAGGAGGAUUUAUCUGAAUUGAAGGAAACCCUAACGCGCCAAAUAUGGGGCGUGGCUUCAUUUCUCGCUCCUCCACCACCACCUCCUCCGCCGCCGCGAAAGUCGGAUCUGUUCGGGUCGGAUGGGGACCGGAUUGAUCAACCCGAAUUGAUUGAUGGAUCCGAUUAUUAUCAGGAUAUGGAAGGUGAUGAUGCGAUUGCUGGAUUGGAGGAGGAAUAUCAGGAUGAUGCUGUUGGAGUUACAGAGGAAGUGUUAGCUUUCGCUACGAAUAUAGGUCAUCAUCCAGAGACUUGGUUGGAUUUUCCCUUUGCUGAUGAAGACGAAUUUGAUGAUUUUGAGCUCUCUGAUGCCCAACAGAGGCAUGCAUAUGCUGUUGAACGUCUAACGCCGAGACUAGCUGCUCUCAGAUUUGAACUUUGCCCUGCACAUUUGAGUGAAGGUUUCUUUUGGAUGGUCUAUUUUGUUCUGCUUUACUCAAGACUGAACAAGCAUGAUGCUGAGCUUUUGUCUACACCUCAGCUUGUGGAGGCAAGGGCUAUGUGGAUGCAAGAGUUGCAAAAGAAAACAAAACCCGAGUCAGAUUGGUUUGGCAUAGGCACAUUUCAAGCAAAGGAGAGCAUGUAUUCACCGCGUGGAGACUUUGAAUCCAACUCAUCUGAAGAUGCUCACUCUAGAUAUGCUGUGCUCCCAAGAGCAUUUUCUUUUGAACCUCCAACUUGCCACACCGCUUCUGAUGCUGAAACUGAGAAACACUCAAUUGAAAAUACGGAGAUCCAAUUUAUUGACAAGGCAGUUAUUGAAGAAGAUCCUCCAAGCAAAAUCAUUGAAAAGGAGGUGGUAGCUGGCCCAUCUUUUAUACCACCAAUGUUUGAUUAUGAUGAGCAUGAGGAUGACUGGCUGAAAGACAAUUCAGAGUUAGAGGGUUACACAGUUUCUGCUAUUGUGAAUGAGGAGGAUGUUUCGUUUAGUGAUCUUGAAGAUGAUACUGAUUAUCCAAUGCCUAUAAAACCCAAAUCAGUGUCAAUAGAUUAUAGCACAAAACUCAAUGUCUCGUGAAUUUAUCUUCAGCUGCCUGAAGAUUCUUAAUUAUUUUAGGUGAACCCGCCUGCAUGCCAACCUCCAAGUAAUCUGGGGCUCCUAGCAAAAAAAAAUGCUAACUCUCAGUUUCUCCAUGGUUCAGGCAUGUUAGGCUGCAUCUUAACCUGUUCUGGCUUGCAGAAGUUAGCACUUCCUGAGUUGUGUAGUGAUUGUGCAAUCUCUGCUUCUCACAGUUAUCACAAGUUGUGGGUCUCACUUUUUGACGUUGGUGAUCCUAGAUUCUCAUCAUCUCUUGAACCUCACAAAAUGGAUCACAAUAUGCUUCUUUACUUGCACAGUAUAGUGUAAGGCAAUAAGCAGCAUACAUCUCCUUCAUUCUUUGUGUGUUUUGAGGUCAUUAGCUUAAUCGUGACCUAGGGAGGGCAUGAUUGCUAAUUCUCAAAACUGUGUUUGUAUUUGUACAUAUACAUGAAUGUCUCUUACAGCUUGACCUUGCCUAUUAACAAGGCAAUGGAUAUAGUGGGGAGUCAUAUAAGGAAGUGUGACAUUUCUCCCCGAUGAAAGGAAUAUUUUUGUUAUUGCAUAUUGAAGAAUAUCCUAUUUGGUUAUUAA